AUGACUAUGAAUAAUUCUCCAAACCUAUUUUUGGACCCACAUUUGCAUAGAUUUCAGGUGAAUGUCAUUCACGAAAGCCACGACAACUCGAUCCAAUCUCAGGGAGAUCCCGAUCCACAACGUUACGAAGAGACUUCUUUCGCUAAAGAUGCCGCCAAGAGACUCCACAUCAGCUUCAGGUCUGGAAACCAAGAAACGUACGACCGUUUCUUUCAAAAUGGCGACACUGCCAAAACGGACGGAAGCUUUCAUCCCUACGACACACACAGUGACACCUAUUAUCUAAAAACCUUUGGACAUAACACCAUGGAUGUUGUGCCAAAAAUCGAUUAUUACCAGAACACUGGAAGCAUCAGAGGAGCCAAAAUGAACCGGCCAAGUCUGAUGGAUGUUCACGAACACUUGGCAAAGAAUAUUACGGUGACUUCGGGUUCAGUGGACAAAUUCAGUAAAGCAGAUGGCCACACAGAAGAAGCCGAAUUCUGCAAGGAAGAAGAAAUCAAAGGCAUAGUGAAAUUUGGAUGGGUGAAGGGCGUCCUGGUGAGAUGCAUGCUGAACAUCUGGGGUGUAAUGCUAUUUAUUCGUCUUUCCUGGAUCAUUGGUCAAGCUGGAAUUGGUCUUGGAGUUAUCAUAAUCCUUCUUGCUACCCUGGUUACUUCCAUACUGCUAUCAACUUCUGCAAUAACAACUAAUGGUUUUGUCCGCGGAGGUGGAGCUUAUUACCUCAUCUCACGGAGUUUAGGUCCUGAAUUCGGGGGCUCCAUCGGGCUCAUCUUUGCCUUCGCCAACGCUGUGGCAGUGGCCAUGUACGUGGUUGGCUUUGCCGAAACAGUUGUGGAACUUCUCAAGAACAGUAAUGCCAUAAUGGUUGAUGCCACCAAUGAUAUCAGGAUAAUUGGUGUCAUAACGGUUGUAAUUCUAUUGGGUAUUUCAGUGGCUGGUAUGGAAUGGGAAGCAAAGGCCCAAGUGAUUCUUCUAAUUAUACUUCUGAUCGCUAUCGUAAAUUUUUUCAUCGGGACUGUUAUCCCUAGCAAUGCAGAGAAGAGGGCGAGAGGUUUUUUCAAUUACCAAGCAUCCAUAUUUACAGAAAACUUUGGGCCAGCAUUCAGAGGAGAUGAAGGUUUUUUCUCGGUGUUUGCCAUUUUUUUCCCAGCAGCCACUGGCAUUCUGGCAGGAGCCAACAUCUCUGGAGACUUAGAGGAUCCACAAGAAGCUAUACCCAAAGGAACAAUGCUUGCCAUUCUGAUCACGACCGUUGCUUACAUCGGAGUUGCAAUCUGUGCGGGUGCUUGUAUCGUGCGCGAUGCUACUGGGAAUGUCAACGAUACUGUGGUAUCUGGGAUGAAUUGCAAUGGAUCGUCGGCUUGUGCCCUGGGCUACGAUUUCUCCAGCUGUAAAAUCCAGACAUGUGAUUAUGGGCUGAUGAAUAAUUUCCAGGUGAGGAGCAUGGUUUCAGGGUUUGGACCUUUGAUCACCGCUGGGAUAUUUUCUGCCACGCUGUCCUCAGCAUUAGCUUCGCUUGUGAGCGGCGCCAAAGGUUUUUCCAGGUACAUUCGGGCCCUCUGCAAGGAUAACAUCUAUCGAGCACUCCACUUUUUUGCCAAAGGAUAUGGGAAAAAUAACGAACCCAUCCGAGGAUAUAUUCUGACGUUCAUCAUUGCUCUGGCCUUCAUUCUGAUUGCUGAGCUGAAUACCAUUGCCCCUAUCAUCUCCAACUUCUUCCUGGCUUCCUGCAUCAAUUUCUCUUGCUUCCACGCGUCGUAUGCAAAAUCCCCAGGCUGGAGACCUGCCUUUCGUAACAACAUGUGGGUGUCCCUUUUUGGAGCUGUGCUAUGUGGUGUGUUUGUCAUUAACUGGUGGGCGGCUCUCAUCACGUACGCAAUUGAGUUCUUUCUUUAUAUUUAUGUGACCUACAAGAAGCCAGAAGUAAACUGGGGUUCAUCUGCCCAGGCCUUAUACUACAUUAAUGCUGUUGAGAGCGCCCUGCAACUAACCACAGUGGAUGACCACGUGAAAAACUUCCGGCCUCAGUGUAUCGUUUUAACAGGAGGCCCUAUGAUAAGACCAGCUUUGUUGGACAUCGCUCAUUCAUUCACGAAGAACAAUGGUCUUUGCCUCUGCUGUGAAGUUUACACAGGGCCCACGCAACUGUGCCGUUACAGAGAUGAUAGUGGCAUGACAACCAAGCAGGCUUGGCUGGCGAAGAUAAAAGGAAAGCUUUUUACGCUGCGGGUGGCGGCCGAUAGCUUUAGAGAUGGAGUCAGAAGCCUUCUUCAGGCCUCUGGUUUGGGAAGAAUGAAGCACACUUUGGUGCUUGGGUUUAAAAAAGAUUGGAGACAUGCCCCCGCCAUGCAAGUUGAAAAUUACACAGGCGCCAUACACGAUGCAUUCGACUUUGAAUUUGGCGUGAUAAUUGUUCGAACGAGUCAAGGGUUUGAUAUAUCGCAAAUCCUUCAGGGAGCUGAAGAGAUGGAGCAGGAGAGACAAGCCCUGGAAGCAGCUCUUAAAGAUAACGAAUUUGAAGAACAAAAUUAUGGCCUUCGUAGAUUCUUUAGAAGAGCCAAGAAGCUCCAUUUGCAAAGACGAUGCCCCCAAAAAGAUUGCAGCAUUAGCACCAUCUCUUCAGUACACGUUGGGGAAUUCAAUCAACGGAUGCUUGAAGCUAGCGUUCAGUAAAAGAAGCAAGGAAAAGGUUCCAUCGAUGUGUGGUGGCUGUUUGAUGAUGGAGGGUUAAUCCUCUUAAUUCCCUACAUUCUGACACUCCGGAAAAAAUGGAAGGAUUGCAAACUGAAGAUCUUUACUGGUGGAAAAGUUACUCGCCUUGAAGAAGAAAAGUUGAUGAUGGCUUCACUAUUAAGUAAGUUCAGAAUAAAAUUUGCCGACAUUAAUAUAAUUGGAGACAUCAACAUGAAACCCAAUAAAGAGAGCUGGAAAUUCUUUGAAGAGAUGAUUGAACCAUACCGCCUUCAUGAAAGCUGCAAAGAUUUAACAACUGCUGAGAAAUUAAAGAGAGAAGCACCAUGGAAAAUCACUGAUGCAGAACUGGAAGCAUUCAAGGAAAAGAGUUACCGCCAGGUCCGUUUGAAUGAACUCUUACAGGAGCACUCUCGAGCUGCUAAUCUAAUUAUUGUGAGCCUACCAGUGGCAAGAAAAGGAAUUAUAUCGGAUUACCUCUACAUGGCUUGGUUGGAAAUCCUUUCCAAGAACCUACCUCCAGUUAUGCUCAUUCGAGGCAACCACAAAAAUGUACUAACGUUUUACUCAUAA